GCUCAUACAAAGACGUAGGACUAUCAAAAUGUUAGCAAAGAUGGCUGACCGAUUAAAGUGACAGGACAAUUUAUAAUAAGCUCUUUAAUUUCUAAUUAGAUGUAAAGAGUAAAUUGAUAAUGAUUGUAUUUUAGUGUAAAUUAUUAUAACCUGUGAGAUGGGAGGAAAGGAGUCGAGACCGUUGAGUAUUUCCUACGAGGAUGCAACAAAACGAGUAUCUGAAUCUGAACUGAGAAGAUUGAGAGAAGCUUUCAAACGUACAAGUGCUAACGGAGUUAUAAGCUGCAAUACAUUCGUACAGGAUGUCCUUGGCGAUUGCGUACCCACGCAAGUUGCAGAGUACAUAUACGCCGCUUUUGGUGGAACACAAAGAGGCCUCAGUUUCAAGGAGCUCCUCAGUGGUUUGGUUCUCUUGACACGGGGGAAGCAAGAGGAAAAGCUGCGCUUUUUGUAUGACCUGUAUGCGAAUGGCAGUGUAUCUCAGCUUGUCAAAAAUGAAUUGGCGGGUGACGAAGGUUACGAGAAAGUUGUGAGAGGGGCGAGUUAUGAAGAAUGGCGUGAUUGGCAGUUACAAAAUGUCGAAGCCUCUCCCCUUUCUCGUUGGCUACUUACAACGUCGGGUGCACUUACUCUUGGAAAUGACUUGGAAACACCAACUUUUUAUCAAAGCCUAGCAGGAGUUACUCAUUUGGAGGAAGCAGACAUAAUUGAGUUGGAGAAACAUUAUUGGACAUUGAAAGGCCAAUCAGGAACAGGCAGGCUAGAUCUCGAAACCCUUGUUCCUAUGAUUUCACCGCCAAUGCCUCUUAGUGUGUGUCCCGGUCUUGUCGCAGCAUUUGAUGAAAACAGAGACAAUCAUAUAGACUUCAAGGAGAUGGCUUGUGGUAUUUCCGCGGCCUGUCGUGGCCCUCUCGUUGAGCGAAUGAAAUUUUGCUUCAAAGUAUUUGACGGUGAUAGAGAUGGUGUGCUGAACGAGGUUGAAUUGAAACACAUGCUAGAGGUCUUAAUGCUUGUUCGCGAUGAUGAAAUAGAGGAAGGUGUAGAAGCAAAAGAAGAAAAAAAGGAUUUACCUAGUUACCCUCUGUCAAUGGAGGAGUGGCUUGUAUGGACAGCUGAAAAAGAAUUGCCUCUAGCUUUCCUGCGACUAUUGGAUCAGCUUUGUCACGUAGUUCUGGGUCUGAGACCACUAGGACGUAGUGAAGAAGGAGAAAUAGUAACAGGAUGGCUCGCUAGAGAGGAAAGACGCGGUUUGCGAGUAGGCCAAUUUUGGUAUCUUGUUGCGGCACAAUGGUGGUCUCAGUGGCGGCGAUAUUGCUUGCUGGAUGCCCUUACAUCAGAAAGCAACACUACUGUUAGUGAUUUAGCAGCACCUGGACCAAUAGAUAAUUCUAAUCUUGUAGAAACAGUAAAACAAAAGGUACCAGCGCUGACUGGAGAAGGAGGGCGGUUGAGACGUACUCUGGUGAUGACUGAAGGAAGAGAUUUUCACUUACUUCCGGAUGCACUCUGGAAAGCUCUUGUACAGUGGCAUGGUGGUGCACCUGCAUUGCCUAGACAAGUUAUCCUACCAGCAACAGGUGUGGAUGUUGAACUGGAACUUUACCCAUUAGUGCUACGUUUGCUUAUGCAUCGUUCUCUUGGUGUGCAGCAGCAACCGUUACCAUUACCAUUAAAUGGAGUUGGAUCAUGGCUACCAUCAUCGUCGUCAAGUGGCUGUUAUAAGCGACAACUAAUGUACAUUGCUGCAUUUAGCCGGAUGGCUACGGCUGGUCAAGUCUACCAAUUCUUAUGCAAUCGCUUAAGGUUAAUUGGUGAAGAUGUGCGCUUGUGGCAUGUACGAGAUAUUGGAGCAUCAGGUGGUGGAAUGACUCUUUUGGAAGAUGAACACGCUACACUAGAAGAAUUGGGUCUCCAAGACGAUAGUCAGUUACUUAUUGAGGUACGUAACAAAGAUCAAACAUGGCCAGAGGAAUUAGGCCGUUUGCGAGAUUCUACUAAAGAUGAUGUAAGCAAAGGAGCUGGAGAAAAAGGUGCUACUGGCUUAAACAACUUGGGUAACACCUGCUUUAUGAAUGCAGCCCUACAGUGUGCUAGUAACACAGGUCCAUUGACUAGGUAUUUCAUCUCUGCCUCGCACUUACGUGAGCUGAAUACCACAAAUCCUUUAGGAACUCGCGGUCACAUGGCUGUUCGCUACGCUGAACUUCUCCGUGAUAUCUGGAGUGGUUCUGCGCGCAGUGUCGCUCCACUCAAACUGCGCUGGACUAUUGCUAAAUAUGCUCCACGCUUUGGAGGAUUUCAACAACAUGAUUCACAGGAGCUCUUAGCAUUUCUGCUGGAUGGCCUUCAUGAGGACUUAAACAGAGUAAGGGAUGCGCCAUAUGUUGAGUUAGCAGACUCUGAAGGUCGAGAAGAUGCCCAAGUGGCUCAAGAAGCUUGGGAUAACCACCUACUUCGGAAUCAAUCAAUUAUUGUAGAUUUAUUUCAUGGCCAACUCAAGUCCACCGUUCGAUGUGAACAUUGUCAGUGGGAAUCCGUUAGGUUCGAUCCCUUUACUUACCUUACUCUGCCUCUUCCCAUGGAGGGUUUAAUUCGUCGAGAACCUUUAGUUGCACGACUAGAUGGAGGUGUUCCUAUUCGUUACGGGCUUUUAUUACCAACAGAUGCGGAUUAUUCAGCACUCAAAACAGAACUGAGCAAGUUAUGUGACGUGCCAGCAUCGCGCCUUUUGUUGGCAGAAGUCGCAGCCAAUAACAUUGAACGCUUUCCGUCUGAUAGAUCCACUGUCCAGGAGGCAAAGGCAGGAACAAGACUAUAUGCUUAUGAAGUACCUGCCUCUCACUAUCCACCUAGCAGAAAUCAGCAGCGUUCUAUGACUGAGGCAUCUGAAGAACGUCGUAGCUUCAAAGCUAUCCAAAUGUCAGAAUCGCCACCUCCACCACCUCCGUUACCUAUAUCUACGGAAAUAAAAGAAUACAACAACUAUGGUAGCGAUAGUAGUUCAAACAACUCAUUAUCUCAUGGUAAUGGAUAUGUAAUCGCAUUGCAUCGUAAAAUGAUAAGACAAGAUUUGUACUUUGCAAGUUCACAAAAAACCAGACCAAGUUUAUUCGGUGUGCCCGUUGUUGUACCUUGUGGCGAUGGCACCACUCAUCAAGAACUUUAUAGAAGUGUGUGGCGUCAAGUAGCAAGGUUGGUCACACCACUGCCACCUACAGAGACAGCUGCUUCACCCAAUCACGCCCAAGAUUGUGAUGAUAGUUUGGGCUACGAAUUUCCAUUCGUACUACGCGCAGUGGAUCGAGAUGGUAGGGUAUGCGCCUGGUGUCCAUGGUACAAGUUUUGCAGAGGCUGUCGUAUACGUUGCGAUGGAGAGUUAAUGACAACGGAAUCGAUGGGAUCAGGAUUACCAGUUACACAUUUAGCAAUUGAUUGGGAUCCAACCGCCUUGCAUCUACGUUACCAAACUGCUACAGAACUUAGCUGCGAAGAACAUGAAAGCGCUCCGCAGGCUAGAACUAUAGAAAGUGCACCGUUACCCUUGUCUUCAUGCUUAGCAGCAUUCACUAGGCAAGAAUCAUUGGAACGUUACCAUUGUCAACGUUGUGCAGAGCCAAGAUCUGCCACAAAACGUCUACAACUAUGGCGGUUACCCCCCAUUUUAGUAGUUCACUUAAAAAGAUUUCAUUGUGUUCGCGGCAAAUGGGUCAAAUCGCAAAAAGCAGUACGUUUUCCUUUGAAAGAUUUUGAUCCCUCUGAAUAUCUAGCUGAUCCCGAACACCACCAUAAGCUCAAUCAUCACAGACUGCAGCCUUCUGUGAACCCAGAAGAUGUCAAGUAUAAUUUAUAUGCUGUUGUGUGUCACAGUGGAAUCAUGGGAGGUGGGCAUUAUGUGAGCUAUGCCCGCAAUCCUGACGGAGGGCAAUGGUAUUAUUAUAAUGAUAGCAGCUGCCGUGAAUCCAGUCCUGAAGCAGUGGCAAACGAAACUGCAACGACAGCGUACAUUCUGUUUUAUCAACGAAAUGGCCUGUCAGAAGAAAAGUAUUUGCCAUCUAUUUCUCCAGAACAAGAACGAGAUUCGCCGACACCUAAUCUAGAGUUUUCAGACCCAGAUGAAAAUGAACUGCGGAAAAUGUGUACUAUUACUUAAACCUGGAUUUAAUCCCAAUUGCAAUCAUAAACAAAUCCAAAGAGAG